AUGUUGUCUUCAAAAAGACUGCAUUCUUCGAGGACAUCAAUUGUCGCGUCUGCUGUGCUCUUGCUGGUUCAGUUCUUGGCGUUUUCAUUGUUGUUCAACUUUGAAGAAGAAAAAACAGGAACUACAUCUUCUUCUUCUUCACACCGAGGCACUAGUGGCCACCUUCGACGACCUUCUCAUCAUGCAGGAGUGGUCCUUGCGUCAGCAUCCUUGUCCUCCACAAGAAAAAGCAUACAUGAUGGACACCUUGUCCAGGAUCACCAAGGAACUCCUGGAAAAAAUUUUCACAUCGUGAUAAUGGCAGAUGACGGAUUCCGCGAUCGCUAUCGCAGGCAAAUACGCAGUGUCCAGUGCUACGCGGACCACUGGGGCUACCCCUUCAUCGUCCUAAAUCCGAACGCAGAGAAGAAUCCCUACUCAAGCUUAUCACCGGAUGUGAUCUUCUACUUAUUUUGAACAGGAUGUUUACGUUGUAUCCAUCCUUCAACUUCAUUCAUCUACAUCUAGUUGUAAGUACUUCGAUUUGUUUCAUAUUAAGUACCUUUAGCUUUACAGAAGAACAAGAACCUGGCUCCUCCAGGAUAUUACCUAUGACCUCCCCAUUUCUUCUUCAUACUCUGCCGAAUGUCGUGCCAACAACGAUGUUUUUUACGUACGACAUUGCCUUUUAGCAGAAUAUUUGGAUGCAAAGCAGAAAACAGGCGAAGCAAAUCCAGACACAGUGGCCCUUCUCAUCGAUGCUGAUGUGGCAGCCAGAGACUUGAACUUAUGGCGAGGGACGCUAGCUACUGGUUUUGCAUAGAAGAUAUUCAUUGUCAUUGAUUCAUCCAGGAGCUCUAUUUUAAUCAGAUUUUUUUACUGAUUCUAGCUCGUACCAACAAUUUCAAACUUCUACCUCCUUUAAUCUCACCCUCCAUGGACCAUUACAUCCAGAAAAUGAAGGACUACGAUCUGAUGUUCUUCGAACGAAAAUGGGGACCUGGAGGACAUAAUGAGGUACUAAGAUAUCUGAUACUGGUACGAAAUAGAUAUAGUGAAGCCGUCAUCUUCUACUAGUAAAUCAUUUUUAGAGACCGUCAAACAAGCAAGAACCUGAACCUGCUAGGUAAUGGCCGGUGCCUACAUGGCUCGCAAUACGCCUAAGGCGAAGAAGUUUUUGCGCUACUGGGAUGGUUUGAACGCUCGGAAACCACCUGGAUUUGCGUCUGCGGAUAAUGGUGCUAUCCAUCUCGCCCUCUACGAGGCCACAGGAGUGGUAGUAACCGGAAAGGAGUUGCCUGCGGACUAUCAGGAGAGCCACUUAUGACGAGGACGUAGUUCUAGUUCCUAGAAUUUGAAAUUGGAUCAUUUAAGAAAUAUAUCAAUCGAUGUUUAUUUUGUCAUGAACGACAUACAACUACAAGAUGUCGUCAAGUUCUAAUUCGGCAACUACAUCAAGGGGAACCUGUACUGUUUCUGCAAGAGCAGGCUUCUUCGUCGCAAGGACAAAGUUCACCACCUGAUCCGAUCGUGUAUCACAGCAAGUCAUGCGAUGAAAAGAAGAAAGAUCAAAGCAGUUCUCCCUCCACAUUUUCUUUGUCUUCACAAGCACAAGAGUCCAAGAAGAAGAAGAAAGGCAAAAAACAGGAGAAAGAAGGAGAUAAGAACAAUAGCACGAAGAAGGUGAAGGAUCCUCAAGAAGACGAGGAUCCACAUCCUGAGGACCAAGAUGCAGAUGAGGUAGGAUCCGAGCAGGCUGAGGCGGAAAGGAUAAUGGCGCAAGUACUGACACAGCACUCCAAGGAAAAUCUGGUUCUGACGCCAACUCGCCUCGAUGCCAAUGGAAAACCACUAGAUACGAUGAAGAUGCCACGAGGCACGAGUACGCGAAAAGCAGGUGCAUCUACAGGUGGAGCUAGAGGAAUUAUGCUGCCUUAUAAACAUGAUUAACUCAAACUCAAGCUCCCGCAACGUGGUGGUGGUAUUCAAACUUUCAAAAUGUCUUCAUAUCAUAGGUUGCAUUGGUGUGAUCUUCCAAAUCAAAAAAUAGAUAGAGGUAUCCUAAAUCCGAAAACAUAUUUCUCCGUUCAUAAUAUAUGUGGACCAGUCUCAGUCGGCGCCGGCGUCUGGUUUCCUGCAAACGAGCAUGAGCUCAGCGAGUAGACGACUCAUGCGCAGAGUGUCCGAGGAGGGAAAACAAAUUACGAGUUCUAUUCUUGUUCGUGUUCGACUUUUCAUGGUGGUUUGUCGUGUUUGACUUCUUCGAUUACGAAGAACUAGAACACAAAAAGACCCAUAAUUUAUUCGUCUGAGGAUGAUAGAUGAAACAGUACUAACUAGUAGAAGAUCAUACUACUGAAGAUUUAAGGAUGCAUCUGCAUAGAUAUGGAUAUCCAUAUCGCAAAGAAUCACUUGCUUCGACAUCUACUAUAUCUUCUAAACAGCAUCAGAUGAGUCCUUCCACCGCUGGCACUUCUCAGACUAGUGGAGAGGAUGAGCACGAACUGGCCAUGCGUGGGAUUGAACGCAGCAUGCUGAAGGUCGCUGGAAUGGCACAUGUAGGAGGUACAUCUCCUUAUGGAGGCAUACAUUUAUACAACGAAGAACAUAGACAUACUUAGUCGUCGGAGAUUCUUGUUAGGGUAAAUAGUAGAGGCUGUCAUGAUCUGCUUUUUGAAAGUUUCAUAUUGAUGCAGGUACUCCAAUUAAACUAGUACAACCACGACCUCUAGUAGUAGAGUUAGAGGCAGUAACAGAAUUAAAAUCGUUGUGUUCCUCUAAUCUCGUAUCCUAGCCAGUGGUCUUUCUGAGUCGAUCAUUGAGAGCCAUGGUGGCCAAUUAGUGGCGCGUUGGACACCGUCAUCAAGGUUCAAAAAUGGAAUUCAACUGGCCGAAACUGGACGAUCGAAGACAGCAAGUGCAAAUGCUAAUGGAGUCAUUACGGUUGAGUAUGAGUGUUGUAGUAAGCAAAUAUUUCACUUUCACUAUCAACAUCGUCCUUGUAUUACUACUUCUAAUAGUUCAACUACUUGAUAGGUGCCCAUGCCUCCUAGAGAUGUCCUUCAAAGACUUCCAAACAACAAAACCAAGCUUCUUACUACUUAGAAGGAGGACCUCUUCUAAUUCCGACGUAGCCAGCAAGAAUCUGAUGUAUUCAGCCCACCAGAUCUCCAAGACGGAUGCUGAAGCGUGCACCAAGCAGUAUUACGGUCUCGUAGCCAAGGUGGACAACAUGCAUCCAUAUGAAGUUACGGAGGAUGACGUGAGGAUACAGAAAAUGGUGAAAAUGACCUUCAAUCUAAGAAGUUAGUACUUAUGUUUUUGUCCUAACAAUAAGAUCUAAUCUCCAUUGGCUUGGUUGUGUCCGUAGCUUGUUGCACAUCGGACCUGGACCUACGCCAUGGUUUACCUAUCAAGCAAAAGAUCCGCACUUCGUGGAAAGCCAGGAUUUCGAGAAAGCAAACGGCAUGCUUCUUCUCGGUGUGAAUAACACUUUAUGAUGUUGAUGAAAUGGCGAAAUAAUGAUGGUGAUGCAUGUAAAAAGUCUAGUAGAUCUUCACGUUGUACAUCGAUUUUUGGCUUGUCGAGAACAUUGCUGAGAUCGAUGAAGAUAUACAGAUGAGAAGCAGAUGAAGAUACAACUAGACCUACAGGAGCUCUAGUACAAGAGCUUUUGCUCUGAUAUGCACAACUAGAACUACAGGGCUCUGUUGUGUGUUGUUGAAGAUCGUGAUCGUCUAGUACUUGUGAUGAAUUAAUAUGCCCGCCACGUCUAUCUCCUGAAUGGUUUCGGUAUUUUUGGUAUAGCCUGAAUUUGAUCACAGAGAUUCUCUUCUUGUUUUCCCUUAUGAUCAAAAUCGGGCUACCGAAUACCCAAACAAUACAUCUCCACUUGUGAUGAAUUAUGCCCGCCACGUCUAUCUCCUCUAGUCUAAUCUACUUGCUUUCGUCUCGACCAGACGCAGUGAUUCCUGGGAUUAAAGUGCGUGUGCUGGCAAAGGACCACGCAUUCGUACCGGAUUUUGGAUCCGUGGAAAGGUCGACACCUUUGGGUCAUAUUAUGGAACAUGUUGUACUAAAGUAAUAUGGAAGGAAGACUAGAGUCAUAGCUGCUUGGGAUAACUAACUACUUACAUAUUGAAGUAGGAAAAACCACCUUUCCAAACCCAGCCGUAACAUUCGUGGACUCAGUCGGCCACCCAAUAGAAUUUUGAUUCAUGCUCCAGGAAGAGCGGGCAGAAAUGAAGCUCACUGGAGACAACAUGAACAUGUUGUACUAUAGUAAUAUGGAGACAAGCUCUUUUCUGAUGAUUGCAAUCAAUUAGACCUUCGACACAUCAUGUCAGGCACAUCAAGCAAUCAGUCAAUCAGUCGAAGAUACUUAUUUACACUAUUCAUAGAUAUUCACAAGUAGUACUACAGAGAGCGUAAAUAGAUAUACUAGAUUCAAGUAGCUAGUACGUACUAGUACUACAGAGAGCGGCGCUAAGUAUAGCGUGAAGAACUUCGAUGGCGCCAGACACUGGCUCCACUGGAAGGACGUAGAGAAGUGCGAACCGAAGGCGUGAGAUUUUUCCUAGUUGUAAGAACGAACCAGAAAUGUGAGAAUAAUUCCGCUAAAUCCGCUAAGUGCCAAGAAUUAUGUUGGAUAAGAGAAAACCAAAACCAAUGAAUGAACCUUCAAUUUCCAGUUUACAGACACAACUGACAGUGACAGUAGUAGUUGACAAUAACCUAGAUGCGGAUACUACAACAUAUAGGAAAAGGCUGACUAUAUUGAAUACGCACAAAAUAAUCAAAAUUAAUGAAACGCGGCCAUAAGUUUCCCCGACCCCGUCAUGAUCCAUCAAAUGGGUAAUGUUCCGAUAGUACUGAUGAAUGCACAGAUAAGAAGAAAUGUUCUCCUAAUGUUCUACCUCGCCCUGAAGACUUUCUCCACUUUCUGGCGAAUGCACAUAUACAGGUCUCAAAUCUAAAUGGAACCAAAAAAUGAAUAGAAA